GACAUAUCGAAUAACAAUCUUAGAGGUCCGCUUCCAGAUAGUAUCGCCUUUCAAAGAGCUUCUCCCAAGGAAUUAGCGGGUAACCCAGGUUUGUGCGGCGAAAAGGUGCAAGGUUUGCCCCCUUGUACUAGUCAUAACAGUUCUUUUACAAGCAAUAACAAAAACAGUAGACAAAAGAAACUGGUUAUUGUUGUAACUGUUUCUGUCACAACUAUUGCAUUAUUUCUUUUAGCUUUGCUUGGAUUCUUCAUCUUCCAUUGUAAGACCAGAGGCAUAAUUGUGGAGGAAAACCAUGAUUCAGGAAGCAACAAUUCAUUCUGUGUAUGGAACUACAAUGGAGAAUUAGUGUUCAAGGACAUUGUCACUGUUACAGAAAGCUUCAAUGAGAAAUACUGCAUAGGGAAAGGGGGUCAAGGGUGCAUUUACAAAGCAGUGCUUCCAACUGGUGACUUCUUAGCUGUAAAGCGUCUUCAUUCUUCACCAUCAUCGUCAUCCCAUGAAAAUGAGGUUGCUCGGAAUGAAUGGAAGAAGAACUUUGAAUCUGAAAUACAUGCUCUGACUGAAAUUCGACACCGAAAUAUAGUAAAGAUGCAUGGAUUCUGCUCUUACAACGGAACCAUGUUUCUGGUGUAUGAGUACGUGGAGAAAGGUAGCUUGGGAAAUUUGCUGAAUAACAAAGAAGCAGCGACAUUGUUAGACUGGGAGWAAAGGUUGAAGGUGAUCAAAGGGGUGGCGCAUGCUUUGUCCUACUUGCACCAUGACUGCUCGCCUCCCAUCGUGCACCGUGACAUUACAGGGAAUAACAUUUUACUGGACUCAGAGUUUGAGCCUAAGAUCUCUGAUUUUGGGACUGCAAGGUUGAUAAGAGCUGGUGAAUCUAAUUGGACUUCAGUAGCUGGUUCAUAUGGCUACAUAGCUCCUGAGCUUGCCACAACUAUGAAGGUGACAGACAAGUGCGACGUCUACAGUUUUGGAGUUGUAGCAUUAGAAGUAAUCAUGGGAAAACACCCAGGUGAAGAGCUUCUGUGCUUACAGAAUGAAGAAUAUGAUCUGCAUCUUGGAAGUGCGUUAGACCAGAGGACACCACCACCUCCAGCCGGAACCAUUAAACAAGAGAUAGUUUUGGUGGUGACCCUUGCUUUAGCAUGUACUCAUGUCGAUCCUAGUUCUCGACCCACCAUGCUUCAGGUCUCUCGCCGAUUAUCAGCAAACAGAAGCCUGCCUUGUUCAGAGCCUCUUGAGAUGCUGACAUUGAAAAGUUUGAAGGAU